AUGUCGUACAAUGGCGUCGUUGCAGAGAAGCGCAAAGCCAGCGAGCAAACCUACUUGAAGAGCCUUGGGACGUACGUGUCGGGAUUUUCGUCUUACAUACCCUCGGGCUUGAAGAAGCAGCUGUCCAGCACCCAGCCUCAUGAUGAGCGGGACAAAGUCAUCUGGGUUGGAUUCGACAAUUAUGAGAAAGGAGGCAAGAGCCGGCAGUGCCUGCUCUUGAGUUUUGUGAACGGGUUCCAGAUUUGGGACAUCGAAGACCAGCCAGACUUGAUCUGCGAGCUGGUCUCCAAGAGGGAAGGCGCAAUCAAGUGCUUUAAGUUCCUGCAAACUCCACCGGAAGGGACGCCCAAGGGACGCCUGACGGACAAGCACCCACUGAUCGCCUUGGCGUCAGCCGAGGAUAGUGCCAAGUUUGCAAAGACGGCAGUCAAGUUGUACUCCUUGCGUGAGCAGGACUACAUCAACACCAUGCGCUUUCGAUCGGAAGCGCUGCACGAUCACAUCUACGGUUUCGACAUUGUAAAUAUGAACAAGAUCUUCAGUCGGCCGUACCAUCCGCAGGAUCCGCAGUUCCUGCCGCAGAUGCGGGCCUACGGGCGCUCGUCGCCUUCCAUGCGCACCAAGCCCUCGUCGCCGUCAUCGCUCAUCGCGCUGGGUCCGCGGUGGCUGGCCUACCCCGGCAAGAAGGUGCAGAGCAUCAAGGACGAGGAUCCCACCAGCAACACCAUGGAUCAGCUGGUCGAGGCUGCCAAGUACCUCAGCGACGUCGGCUACAAGACCAUGUCGAGCUACUUCUCGCCCGAAUCGCAGCCGGCUGGACCUGCGGCCCCCGCCCUCACGCCCGAGGACCUCGCCAACUUUGGCAACGUGAUCGUGCACGAUGUGUGCACGGGCAAGACCGUCGCUCAUUUCCGGGCACACAAGGAGCCGCUGUCGUAUCUGGCGUUCGACCCGAGCGGCACCCUGUUGGUGACGGCCGGAGCCGGCGGUUACGAGUUCAACAUCUUCCAGAUACGUCCAUCGUCGGGUGCUCUGCACGAGAACGCUUUGCCUCUCUACACCCUGGUUCGCGGUCGGACAAGUGCCGCUAUUACGGACAUCACGUUCAGCAACGACAGCCGAUGGAUGGCCGUCAACAUCUACGCCAUCAAUCCCGAGGGCGGUCCUGUGAAUAUUCACACCCACAUUCCGUCCGAGCCGAUUGCUAGCCACGAGGCGCCGUUCAUCUUCAACCACCCGCUUAAUCCCAAGCACAUGGUCCUGAGCGUAGUGGAGCGCAUCAAGCAGGCUGGACUCGUUCCUGAGGAGAACACGACGCACCAGCCAACAACAGCGGCCAUGAUCACGAGCACGCCGUCAAAGAUGAAAAUCCUGGUGGUGACCCACGCGGGCAUCCUGAACCAGUACAAUCUUCGGCCGCACGGCCCGGCGCCCGGGCCGGACGUGGACCCAAAGACGCUGCAGUUGACCGUGGAGCCCACCUUCUACUGGGACGUCUGUCGGCGAAGCAGUUGGCCUCAGCUGCUGACGCGGGUCAAGUCCAAGAAGGCCGAACCGGCCGACGGGCAACCAACCACCAAGCCCAAGGAGAAGUCGUCCAAGGACCCGAGUUGGCUUUCCAACGUGGAGAUAUGCACGCACACGCCGCAUUUCCGGCCACUGUGGGCCGGACCGCAAUUCACGUUCAAGACCUACCGCAAGCCGGCGCACGGCACGCUCACGCUCUCCCACCAGCUGAUGGAGCCCAUCCACGAGGAGAGCAAGAUCGAAGCCAAACACAAGCCCGGCGGCACCACCAACUCUGGUGUGCUCGACCCUUCGGCCUGGGGGCCAGCGGAGAUGGAGGAGGGAGUCCCCUCUGGCUCCAUGGGCAGGGAGCUCAAGGACCACAUCAACCAGGCGAUAUCGACUCCCAUGCGGUUCGCUGAGAAGAAGACUGAGAUGGUGCUCAUCGACAGUCUCGUAGGCGACUACAAGAAUGGACUCGCUGGCAAGGGCUCGUCCUCUUCUUCUUCCUCUGCCUCGUCGUCCGGACUCGGCCACGACUCCCCCACCGACAAGAAUCUCUACUCCUACGAUGACGAAGACUACUAG